AUGCCACCCCGUCACAACUUGAAGCGGAAAAAUCCAGAGUCCCCAGUGGACCCUGAGGAAUCUGGGAAGAAGCGUAAAGUGAACAAUGGUGAAACGACUGCCAAGGAGGCUUCUCCUUCUCCUUCUUCCUCUGAUUUUUCAUCAGAUGAAUCUGAGAAUAAUUUUCCUGUCGCUCCAGGGGACUAUGUUGACUACAGUGUGAUGUAUCAGGCUGGAGAGGUGGAGACAUAUUCACGUCCCCCGAGACAGCAGCGGUGGAAACACGAUGGCGACGUGCCUAUUACCGAUUCGGCGCUUGUCCCGGAAGGCUGGAACGCCGAUGAACUAGAUCUCAAUGUUAACGACAUUGAUGGUCAAAUUGAGAGAUGUAUGGAGAGGAUCAGUGACGGAAUUUUGCCCGACUUCUUCAAGUUGAUCCAGUCUGAGCCGGCCGGACUCAGUCUGGACGUCGUUCGACGCUUGGAUCAUUUGAAGAUUAUUGAGGCUCAUCUCAAUACAAAUGGGGACCCGGACAAUGAAAUUCCCAAUGUUAAAGCUAUCAUCAAAGCUUAUAGAGCAGGAAAAUUGGCGUGGUCAAGAGGAUGGGUCAGCUACUGGUCGGAGGGCGUACAGCUCAAUGAGCCGCGCAAAUUUGACGCUGAUUAUCAUAAGAGACUGGCUGAGACAUACGAUACCACAAAAGCAUGGUGGGUGGAAGGCCUUCAAGAUCCAGCUGGUUCUAAUAUAGGAGGGUUUCACGCGUUUCCGCCGAUAAACGGGGUUCACUCGAUUGAGUUCCCGGUGGAGCUAUCUCCCAAUAGUCAAGUCGAUGGCUUUAAUAGCCUCACCAUGUAUGUAUGCCAUGAUACUGGUGCAGAUAUUAUGGCGGUACCUCAAUACUAUUUAGACCAGCUGGAGGCGCUAGGUACCCGCGUUCCAGUUCAUGGAUAUACUGUCAUGUCAACCCCUGGUGCAGUGGCAUGUCACAAGGUUGUGGAGAUUGAUGUCCGUGUGAGUGACGGCGCCGGCCAGCCUUUGUCCCAUUGGAUGAGAGUACAGGCCUGUGCCUUGAUUAAUCUACCAGGGAUCAAUGUUGGAAUGCUUCUUUCGGGGCCUUUCCUGCGGUUUGCACUCUACACUGCGACAUGUCCAGAUGGACAGGGAAAUCUCUAUGUUUGUAACCACAAGAGGGAGCUAAAACGGUUGCCAGCCGUUCCGCAUAACUUUGUGCCGAGGGGACCGCCAUAUGUGGUUACCGCUCCUCCUGCACCAGACGGUGGACCACCACCUUUCUCUGUGAUAGCUCAACAGACACAUGUAUUUACAACGAUGCCAGUGCAGCCACCACCACUACAACCACCACAGGCACCGAAGAAAGCAAAAGCGAAGAAAGGGAAGAAGAAGGGGAAGAAAGCAGCGCCUUAG